AUAAAUAAUCUACCUGACAGGCGGAGGCACCGAGAGGUAGGUCGCUUGGAACGGGGCUGGGACGCACGGCCUGGGAGCGCAGCACAGAAUGCCCUUCGCCUCAUAGACGCUGGCUGCAUCCUGCGGACAUCCUCUACACAGGAGCCGACGGUCUCAGAUUACUCUCCGUUCCCUUCAUCGAGUCCAUCGAGAUCCCACCUUCUGCAUUUCUCCCGAUAACCUCCCCGGCCCGGCUGUGCAGCUAUGCAGCUUGAGAUCCAAGUCGCAUUAAACUUCAUUAUUUCCUACCUGUACAACAAGCUGCCCCGCCGACGAGUCAACAUCUUCGGUGAAGAGUUGGAGAGACUUCUGAAGAGAAAGUACGAAGGCCACUGGUAUCCGGAUAGGCCCUACAAGGGGUCCGGUUACCGAUGUAUCCACGUAGGCGAAAAGGUGGAGCCCGUCAUCGAGCAAGCGGCCAAUGAGAGCGGCUUGGACAUCGAAGACAUCCGCAGAAACCUUCCUCAGGACCUCAAUGUGUGGAUUGACCCGUCCGAGGUUUCCUAUCAGAUCGGCGAGAAGGGCCAGAUAAAAGUACUUUAUGUCGACGACAACAACGAGAACGUUUCUGAGCUGGAUAAAGAAAUAAAGAGCAGCUUUAACCCGGAGGCUCAGGCGUUCAUGCCCAUUAGCGACCAAUCUUCCGACGUGUCCAGCUCUCCGUCGCCCCCGUUUGACUCUGCGACUGUAAGCCCGACGUUUAUGCCCCGGUCCGCUCAGCCUUUAACCUUCACCACGGCGACCUUUGCCGCCACCAAGUUCGGCUCCACCAAAAUGAAAAAUGGCCGCAACAAGAUCGCCAGGUCCUCUCCCACGCAUUUCGGCCUGAACGUCAACUUGUUAAAGCAGAGCGCCAUGUCUUCCUCCAUGCACUCGCUGUACGGACUCGGCCUUACAAACCUGCAGCAGAAAACCUCUGCGCUCUCUCCAAACGCCAAGGAGUUUAUCUUCCCGAGUAUACAAGACCAGGGCCGAGCCAGCCUUAACUGCCCCGGCGAAAGCGCUCUGACCGCCGGCCCCUUACCGUACAAUAACCCCUUCGACGUGCUCGCCGCAUACGGCGGCUUUAACGACAAAACGCUUGUGGAUGGCUUAAACUACAGCCUUAGCAGCAUGCAGUAUUCCAACCAGCAAUUCCAGCCGGUGAUGGCCAACUGACCGGCAGAACGGCUCCUCUCCAAAGCACCGUACAAGCUGCAUGAAGCCCGGCAACCUUUCCUCCGACGUUUCUUUCCACAGCUUGGAUCGCUCAUACAUCCAGAGUUGGUUGCAGAAGCACAUACGACUUCUUCUCGUUUGUUUUUUUGGCUACGGCGCAAAACUCGUGUUCACUACAAUUUUUUUUCUUUUUUAAAGGAAUACUUGCCUCUUACAGUAUUUAAAAGCUACACUUUUUUUGUAAUAAGGUUUAUGUCUUUCUAAUUUGGGCUAAAAUUCACGUAGCUGUGUAUUUUACACACAUAGGGAGUAGCUCUGUUCUGUUGCUUGUUUUUGGAAUGUUAAACCAAACAGACAGGUGAAGAAGAACCUGUAGACUGGUGCAUAUUUUUUUUUUUUACUUUAUUUUUUCCACCCCAGUCCCCUAUGUG